GGUUGGGACGGUGGGAGGGGAUGAAUUUGGGGGCGUGACAUUUCUCUGUAUAUAACACCCAGUCUGUUCCUUCAGUUCUCACUUGCUCGAUCCCAUUUUUUUCACUUCUUGCUCGCCGUGAACUCCAGAAACACCAUGUCACAAAUCCAACAAGGAAUGGCUUUGCUGAUUGCAGCCUUUCACAAAUACUCAGGAAAGGAGGGAGACAAGACCACCCUGAGCAAAGGCGAGCUCAAGGACAUGCUCACAGCAGAGCUAAGCGACAUCCUUGGGAAAUCCAGUGACAAGGCAGCUCUGGACAAGAUUUUUAAGGAUCUGGAUGCAAAUGCAGAUGGCACUGUGGACUUCCAGGAGUACAUCACCUUGGUCGCCUGCAUCACUAUGCUUUGCAAUGAGUUUUUCACAAAAAAAUAAUCUUGUCCUUACAGAAAGGGUUUAUCUGUAAAACUGCAGUUCCUGAAACCAGGAUUGAAGGUUUUUAAUGUUUUGAAUUAAAUCUGUAUUCUUACAAUA